AUGUUUCAACUUCAGAAGGACGAUGCACACUUUGGGGUUCGCAUCACCACGAAACACAAUCACAAUAACACACACAGAAUGCGAGAAGACGAUAACAAGACACCACCACCAAGAACAAGAAGAACAAGAGCCGAAGCAGCGGCAGCAACAACAACAAGAGCAACAGCAAUAGAAACAGAAGCAACAAAUAUAGAUAUAGAAGUAGCCGCCAUCAAUCAAAGUGGAAUACCUCACUUGGCUGGUUCUGGUGCUCAUGUUCCUCUUCGGAGCCGAACUGUUAUUGGCCCACGACUACAACUACGUACUUAUCAUGAUAAUAGUGAAGUACGUGCGGCGUUAGAGCGAUUAAAACAAUCGUGUGGAGCCUCUUCAUUAAAUGAGGCGGAGGAACUAAUGACACUGCGUCACAUUCACGAUGGAUCGGAUCCCACUUGGUCUCAACUGAAUCGAAUUCCCGGUCAUGUCAUUCUUUACUGUUUCUCUUUCUGCGAUAUGCAUUCACUCUCUGUGCUCUCGUGUGUGAACCGCCGUCUCUCUGCGCUGGCGAAUGCCCAUCAUUUGUGGGAGGCCCACGCCCGGCGGCUGGGAGUUCCCCUGCGGGAUGCCCGGCACGCCCGGGAGGAUAUCCGCCUCGCCCUUCAACAGCGGGAGGAGAGAGAAGAGGCGGAGGUGCGGCGACACGAAGACGAAUAUGAAGAACUCGAACGCCGACUUGUGGAACGCACAGCCGCCAAUCGCGCACUUCCAUUAGACGUGGACGCGGCUUUGUUAACGGCUCGUAAUCGUGUUCCUCCAAUCACGAGUAGCGGUAGAAACCGUCCUAACAAUAGUAAUAAUAAUAAUAAUAGUGGGAACCGUAGAACCCUCGCGGAGGAACGGGCAUUGCGGGAACAAUUAGAUCAAAUUGAAACCACAAAGCUGAAUAUAUUGCGCACUAUCACGGAACUCCAAUCUACACUAGCUACUCAUGAACAGCAGAUUCAGCAAAUACAACAGCGACUGGACAUUUCACAAAGAGGUGAAACUGAGAAUGAUUCGACAGGUCUGUCGGACUCACUUACCCUCGCGGAUGUUCAAUCCUUUGAACGCCGCGUCUGUCACGUUUUGUUGAAUCCCGUCUCUGAUCUUCCUCUUGUGCUUCGAAGAGGGAUUGAUGACUUUAGUACAAUGGAGCUUCUCUGUUUAUACGGGGGUGGUGAUGUUGGCCAACUUGUGCGGCAACGCUGGGCUGCAUUUAAGCGUUUUUUCCCUCCACUUUCACGAGACUAUGUGGCAGUGCGACAGGCAUUGUUGUUGCCGCCGUCAUCGUCUAAUAGUAAUAACCAAACACCAUCCGCGCGAUUACGGGAGUCGUUUGAACGUAUUGCUGGAGUAAUUCGCCGUGUGCAGAUGAUGACAGAUAGCGAGAUUGUGCAAAUUACUAUGUAA